AAGCGUAGGCAGCGACUCUAAUCUGGACAGGUACAAAAUUUCUCGAUUUUUUCCCAAGAUGCAAUAGGUUUUCAUUAACCGUCUUCCUUUGCGCCACUAUAAAAGAGUGAACAGUCCCGGAUGUUCUUUCUGCCUCGUGCUUUAGCGUUUUUGAUUGUAUUCCUCGUGAGUUCUAUCAUUACACAACGUUAUUUGUGGCAAAGAUUGUCAUCUGAAGAGUUUAUCUAUAUUCUACAAUUGCCAUACAACUAUCUCUUAUUCAUUUUCAAAAAGAAAAUAUUCUACCUCUUUUGAUCAUCAACAGUUUCUCCUGGUGUUUAGUCACGUAAAUACAAUUGAUCAGAACAUAUCACAAUGAGUCAGCCAGUAGAUGCCAAAUUAACCAUUCCAACUGCUGAGGCUUCUAAAUCCAGUUCAGCAUCAUCAUCUCAAGAUUCUUUGGUGGCAUAUGUGCAUGAAUUAACUGAUUUGAAAACAAGUGCCAACAACAACACUUACUUCAACUUGAAAUUACAAACCAAUGAAAGUGAAUCAAUUAAGGCAGUUUGCUUUUCGCCGGAAAAGCACAAAACCUUCAAGGCCAGUGCAGAGAAGUCAUCGCCAAUAAAGAUAACCAAUUUUCACCGGAGAAAAAACAAAUAUUCCGAAGAAGAAGAGGUCCACAUAAAUAAAAGAUCUAAGUUAAUGGAUGCCGAUGAAGAAGAGGUGAAAUUUGACUUUAAAACUGAACAGUCCUUUGAUGAUGAGUCAUUUACACCAGUAAAUGAAUUAAUACAUGAAAAGAAGCAAAGGAGAGUAAAUGUCAAAGGAAGAGUGACUUUCAAAGGGCCACAAGAAACCUGCAUGUCUAAGCAGAAGACACUCUUGAAACAAGAAGCCUUCCUGACCGAUGAAACGGGAUCUAUAAGAUUAGUCCUGUGGGAGACGGAUAUUGCAAAAAUAAACUCAAACAGCACCUAUCAAAUGAUGAAAGUCAAGCUCAGAAGCUACCAAGACGAGUCCUACAUUACUCUUAACAUGCAGUCCCUCAUCAUUCCACUUGACUUACAAAUCUCCCGAGAGGAUGACCAACAACUACUAGCGGAAACAAUGCACAAAGAAGUUAAUUUGCCAGCAGCAGGAGUCAAAACAGUUUCAAAAUAUUUGUGCUGCAAUACCUGCAGAACAAAAAUUGAUGAAAACAAGAAAAAAGUUAAAUGUUCUCAAUGUGGGCUCUCCCAAUUAAAAGAAAACUGCUCAACAAGACUCUAUGUAAAGGCAAAAUUCUUAACAACCACAAAAGAAUCAGUAGAUUUAGUUAUCUUUGAUGACAAAUUGAGAGUCCUCCACUCAAUCAAUGAACAUCAACAGUCAUUUGAACUUUUGACUGAAGAUGAAAUAGAAGAUCUUCUGUUAGAAGGACAAGGAACAAUUCUUUAUAACGACAAGUACAAUGUUAUAUCCAUUUCAAAGAUGGUAAAGUAAUCAGUUAUACAAGAUUUGACAUAUAUCCUAGCUAUUAUUAUAACAGUUUUACUUAAUUUUUACAGCUUUUUUACAAAAAAAAAAACAUUUAUUUUAAGUAUCUCUACAUUUCUGUAAGAUGAUCUAAAAAUAUUAUUACUUUAUUAAUUACUAUAGGUUUUUAUAAA